AUGUCCUGGCGAGGCGGCAAGAGUGACUGGGAAUCUGCUGGCGAAUCCAGUGGACGAGGCGGCCAUUCUAGGAAUGACUCGUAUCGCAGUUCCAAGCAAGAGGACAAGUGGCCCCGUAGAGGCGAUGAGGAGGAUGACUACAACCGUGGCGAUCACCAUCGUGGCGGCAGGGAUUACAACUCUAGAGGAGGCGACUCCGGGCGAUAUCAACGCGACGAGCGCGAUUACCGGGCUGGUGAUCGAGGAGGAGGAGGAAAGUGGAAGCAUGACAGAUAUGACGAUGAUUCCAGUCAUUCACGCGAAGGAAGACACUCCGGUCGUGAUGAUCGCUGGCCAUCGGGUGGAAGCUGGGGAAAUGUGAAUAAACAUAACGAGCGCCGCGACCGUAGCCGCAGCCCGCGACGAGAUACUCACCGAGGAGGCGGCCACAGAAACCGACACGACAGCUACAGCCAAGAGCAGGACUCUUACAACAGCCGCGCGUACAGCAGUUACCAGCGAGGCGGCCAAGAAGCCAACUACGGUACUUCAUACGGGGGCCAGCAAAGUAAAUGGCCCGAGCAGCAAUAUGACGACUCGUAUGGCUAUCACGCGCCUUCUGCUACUUUGAAAGUUUCCAAUGUUCCAGAAUGGCUUACAGCAGACAGAAUACGAGGUGCUAUAGAAGCGAUGGACAUAGGGGUUCGAAGCUGUCAAAUGUCAGGUGACUGGAGUGGCUUGGGUUAUAUUGAACUGGGACGUGUGAGCGAUGCCACGUACCUCGUCGACGAGUGCAAGGGUCAUCUUAUGGUUGGCGACCAAUCCGUCUACGUCGAAUAUGCAGAUACGUCUAAUAUCAAAGCUCCUCAAGAACCAAAUUACCACUCUGGACACAGCUAUGGAAAUCACAACCACAACAAAAACUUUCCAACAGAACCGACCGAUACGAUGAUCGUCCGAAACCUGGACUUGGAAUCAACAGAAGAAUCGAUUCGCGCCGCCUUUCAGUACAUUACCAAAAAGCCGAUACUCGAUAUUCGCCUGGCAAAGGACAAAUUCACGGGGAACUCUCGAGGAUUUUCAUUUAUUUCCUGGGGCUCAGUUGAUGACUGUAAACAAGUGCUAGAGUAUUUGCAAAAUGCUACGCCUAAAUUCAAAAUCGACGACAGAGUAGUCAUCCUCGACUAUGCCAAUGGCCUUCCCGGAAAGACCCAAGAUCUCAAGCAACAAGCGGCGAACGAUGCUAUCGCAGCGGCGACGGCAAUUAAGACCUCUUGGAAUGAUCCGAAUCAGCUAGUUGGAGGUGCGGCGGCUCUGCUCAAACAGACAGCAAAUCAGCAAGGAAUCGCUCCUCAUCAAACCCCUCAUUUAUAUCCGAAGCUCCCUGCUGAAAUAGGUCUCAAAGCUCCGCCCCUUGGCAUGAUCCCUCCGAUCCCCCCAGAUCAAAUCCCGCCACAAAGAGAUCCUUCUGGUCGAUAUAGAAAGUACCAAAACCCAGAUUUUUCGAUGUUUCAAUGGAUGGCUAAUCACCAGAUGUACUACGAUCCUAGAACGGGGCUUAUGUGGUGCGUCAAGAAGAUGCAAUUUUACAACCAAUAUACUCAACAGUAUCUCAAUUGGGAUCCGACACAAGAUACAUUUGUUCCAGUAGAUCAUAUCAGUAUUGAUACGAGCUUGGAUCAACCAGCAACAACGGGAACGUUUUCGAAAAAAGAGAAGAAAAAAUUGUCACAGGCGACUGAUGUUCAAAAGCAGAUGGAAUCCUGGAUGCGCCAACAAAAGAAAUCGAAGGCGAAACCAAUGAGCCAGGCGGAAGCGGAUGCCAUCAGGCGCAACAAAAAAGAGGCGCAUGCGAACAAAUUCAGCGCAGCGGGUUUCGGAGUCAGUUUCAAUGCAUCGCCAAUGAUUAAUAGAGGACCUAAAUCGCGCACGUCGCAUGAAGCUGUUGAUAUGGAGGAAGAGGAUAGGCCGAAGCAGCCGAAGAUGGAUGACAUGUUUGAAGAUGCUCCAGCGCCCCCACCUCCAGCUCCAGUUGGUCCGACAGCUGGACCAGCAAUGCCAACAGAACAUGAGAAAAGAGGAACUGUAGGACAAGAAGAGCAUAUCAACUGGGCCGAAAAUCAAUGUCUCCUCUGUAGAAGAGCUUUUGCAAAAGUCGACCAGCUCGAGAAGCAUAUCAAAAAAUCAAAAAUGCACAAAGAAAACUUAGAGAAAUUAGCGCCGCUACAAGACGAAGAGGAAGAAGAAGAAGAGGAAACAGAGGCGUACAAAGCUGUGAUGGCGAUGGGGCAUUCUGUUGGAAGUUAUAGAGAUAGGGCCAGUGAAAGGAGGAAUAAAUUCGGAAACAAACAGCUAUCUGGGUAUGAGCUAAGGAGGGAUGAAGAAGACCAACCGACAGAACAACCAACUGUUCACGGCAUCGGCGCAGAUAAUAAAGGCUCCAAGCUACUGCAAAAGAUGGGAUGGCAAACUGGAACUGGUCUUGGAAAGAAUCAACAGGGCAUUGUCAACCCUAUUUCUGCCGAGGAAGUACGAGAAAAUAAGAACGCUGGAUUAGACAUGCCGGAAAUCCGAGGGCAUGAGUUCGAUGUAGGCGAAAACUACGCCGAUUUGGAAUUCGUCGGCGAAGGAGCCUACGGCAUAGUCGUCCGAGCCAACGAUAGGGCCAAUGGCAAUCGAGUUGUCGCUAUCAAGAAAAUUUCCCCGUUUGAUCACCACACAUACUGCCAGCGAACACUUCGUGAAAUCAAAAUUUUGCUUCAUCUCGAUCACGAAAACAUCAUCUCCGUACACGAUGUCAUUCGAUCCGCCGUUCUCAACGAGAUGAGACAUUUGUACAUUGUCCAGGAAUUCAUGGAAACGGAUUUAUACAGGCUUCUCAGAAGUCAGACAAUUUCAAAUGAACACAUCUGCUAUUUCCUCUAUCAAAUCCUCCGUGGCCUCAAAUAUAUUCACAGUGCGAAUGUGAUUCAUCGAGACUUGAAGCCUUCAAAUCUGCUUUUGAACACAAAUUGCGACUUGAAAAUCUGCGAUUUUGGCCUCGCUCGUGUUACUGAUCCGGACAGAGAAUUUCUGAACCCUCACACAGAAUAUGUGGCUACCAGGUGGUACCGAGCUCCAGAGGUUAUGCUCAACUCGAGGACAUACAGUAUUUCCAUGGACAUGUGGUCUGUCGGGUGUAUUCUUGCUGAAAUGAUCCAGAACAGACCACUCUUCCCCGGAAGACACUACCUUGACCAGUUGAACCUCAUUCUCGCAGUGAUUGGCACUCCAAGUGCAGAGGCCGUCGCUUGGAUCGGGAAUGAGCGUGCACGCGCUUACAUUAUCGGUCUGCCUCCUCAGCCAGGCAAAGACUUCUCUCAGGAGUUCAGCAACGCAUCUCCAGACUGUAUUGACCUGUUAAAACGGCUCCUGGACUUCAAUCCUCACACACGCAUAAGUGUUGGCGAUGCCCUAUCCCACGCAUAUCAAGCUCAAUAUCACGACCCAGGGGAUGAGCCGGUCGCUGAAGUGCCAUUCAGAUUUGACGAGGAAUUCGACGACUACGAUCGUGACCGACUUCGGGAGAUGAUUUUCGAAGCCACGCAGCCAGCGGUUAUACGAGAACGACAGCUGAGAACUCAGCGCGAUCAGAUGGAGUAA